UUUCCAGGCACCAUUCUGCAGGCAGUUGAAAUUUCGAUUUGGGUGAAUCUGAUCACCGGUUGUCGGCCCCAAGUUUCAUUUUUCUCAGAGUAUAUUCCUUCAACACGUCUAUUUCAGUUUCUACCAGAAAUGGUCACUUCCAUUCUUAAAGAAUAUGCCUCGUUCGCCGGUGCCGAGGGCUCCAGGAAUAGAACAGUGCAUCGGGUUUUCAGAAAUACUGUGAUGCCCACUACAAACCUAACGGCGAACGAUAUAGCAAGUUGUGUGGAAUCGGCAGUGAACGGUCUGAGUCAAAUGGAGCACAACACUGUUGCUCUUCAAGUUGUCACCGAUUUGUACUGCUGCUUGUCGUCUAUUACCAAACUGGCCAUCGAAACCCCUGCCGGGAACCGCGCUCCUCAUGUUGACAUCAUGGCUGAAUUUCUGAUCGAACGUAACAGCUCGGUGACAAGAAAGAACGAAGACCCCUCCAUUACACCUCAUAAAUGGGAUACAAUGACCUUGUGCGCCUUCUCUACAACUGUGGAGCUGACAUCAACGCUAAAGAUAAGAUGAUACCAAAACAUAUUACACAAUUUAGAUGGACAGAUAGAAAGUGUGAACAUCAAAAGCCAUCGUGUGUGUUUCCCAGUUUCCAUUCUGCAUCUAACAAUAGUAACCGAACAUCCAACAUCAUAACUUUAUUAUAUCAUCUAGUUAAUUUUGAUAUCACAUUAACUAUAAAGCUUUCCUCAUAAUAUACAAGAAAUUAAUACAUUGCCGAGAUUGUCAAAGAUGUGAAUUUUCAAUGUGCUUUGAUGCAAAUUAUUUCAAAAAACUAAUUUCAUGGUUAGCUAUGCAUAAAUUAAUAGGCAUGAUGCUCAUUCUUUACUGAAUCGAAAUAAGCUGUUAUAACUUUGUCAACUAUUAAUUUGGUUUUCAAUAAACUAGUUAUGAUCAGAUGCCUUAUUAAUAAAUGCAAAAUUCAUGUAGCUUAUGUAGCUUUUCUGCAAUAAACUAAAAUUACUCAAUAA